AGCUGUGUACGUAGAGGUGUCGCCGAAAUUUGAUUUUUCUGUGGAUUUUUGCGUGGAAUUUGGUCAUACAUGGCCCCGUUUGCAUGAAACAAGAUGGGAGGCCAUAUUUGUUAUGUGUAAUUUUGCUCAGGAUGCGCGUUUUAAUUCAUGUUCUACAUUAUGGAAUAUUUUUGUGUUGAGUGCAAUUUUGGUAUUUUUUUAAAUUUUGCUGUGUGCAAUAUGAUGGCGCGAUCAUUAUACCAAAGUCGGAAUUACGGCUGUGGUGAAAUUCGUAGCGUAAGGCGCUUCUCGCCUUUAUGCCCGAGUCCUGGAAAAGUAAAACGCUACUACGAACUUUCCAAAUGUUUGAGAUAGCGACGUCGUUAAUAUUGCAGCUGAAAGCUUGCAAUGGAACAACAGCUAGGAGAUGGCCAAGUUACUGUUAUGCAGGCCGUGCCUGCAGGUGCAGCGGGACAACAAGUUCAGGUUGUACAGGUUAACCAAGCAGGACAAGUAAUACAAGGUUCUAAUGGGCAACAGAUUAUGGUUCAUGCUGUUCCACAGAGCCCACAAACCAUUCAAGUGGCAACACAGGGUGGACAGACAUUGCAGCCAAUUCAAGUUUUACCAGUUUCCAGCUUACAGGGUGGUGCAGGACAACAAAUUGUCAUACAGCAGCCACAACAGGCACAAAUCAUUCAGACUUCAGAUGGACAAACUUUUAUUUAUCAACCAGUGCAGAUUGAUGGUGGCGUUCAGCAAACAACUCAGCCAACUGUGAUCAACUUGAAUGGAAAUCUGGUGCAGCUGGCAGCAGGCACAGGCCCUGCUGCUGUAACAGCAGCAGCUCCAGCUCCGGUUGUCACAGCAGCAACGCAACAGCAGAUCAACACCACAAGUGCCAGCCCUGCUGCCACAGCUGUUCCCCAGGCUGUGGGUGUCAAUGGGAGUAAUAUUGUAAUGAUGGUGCCGGGUGCAAGUGGUGUGCACCAGUUUCAACGAGUACCCCUUCCAGGUGGUGCAGAAUUUCUGGAAGAAGAACCUUUGUAUGUAAACGCAAAGCAGUAUAGACGUAUACUGAAACGCCGUCAAGCCCGAGCAAAAUUAGAAGCAGAAGGAAGAAUACCAAAAGAGCGACCUAAAUACCUACAUGAGUCAAGGCAUCGUCACGCAAUGAACCGCAUCAGAGGAGAAGGGGGCAGGUUUCAUUCAGGCUCAGUGAAGAAGAAACUGGAACUUCAACAGAAUAACAACCUGCAAGUGGAAGCAAGAACAAACAUCAGCAGUGUUCCUGUAACAUCAACUAGUUCACAAGUGGAUGCAGAUAACCUGGGAUCAACACUUGUCAUUGAGGUGAGGCCAUCAGACUGUCAGAAGGCAGGUGGUGAAUGGAAUAUGUUUGACUUGUCAUAGGGCUACUAAUGUUGCACAAGAUGUGUGAAGGCGAAUGCACUCAUCGUAAUGCGUGUCUUCGUGUGUGUGAAAUUUUGUGCAACAAUGAAAUGAAGAUUUGUGAAAUUUUUGUUAGCUCAGUGAUCACAACUGAGAUGUAAAGGCAGUGGUAUUCUUAAACAGUGUUUGAGUUGUGUGGUGUCUCACAGGUGAGACGCAGCUAUUUAUGACAGUCUGGUAAAUUCAGUGACAACUUGUUUUUUUUUUUAUAAUAUGAUUGUUCAAGAGGGAGCAGUGAAUACUGCAGCCUGUCUCCACGGAGAAUGAUUAAUAUUAAUCAUGUCUAUCAAAGAAACCUCUUUGUAAAUAAUGGCAGUGGCUGGCUGGGUUUAUUAUGUCAUCUUUACCUUCGCAGGACAGUUUUUAGACGCUCUUAGUCUUCCCUUUAUUUGAGAAGACUACAAAUGACAGUGACUCUCUCUGCUGCUUAGGCAGUUUAACAGUAUUUAUGCAUAUUUUGUGUAGUUUUUAUUCUUGGUUUACAAGACUGUUAAAAAUUUGUUAUGUCAUGUGUGUUAAAUGAAUCCUCCAAAAUGUGUAGAACAAUUUCAAGAGAGUGAAUUGUAUUCGCAUAAUUUUGGAGGAGUGGACUAAAUGUUUAGCAUUCAGCACUUCAUUGCUGUAUGCUAGAGUAAAUGUAAAUAUUUGUACUUGUAACAUGUGUAAUUUAGCUUGUACAAUCAUUUUUAUAGUAUUUCAUUGAUUAAUUUAAAUAUGUGUGAUUGGGAAGUGUGCACAUGGAGUCUCUGGAAAUAGACCACAUAAAAAAAUUAAACUUUUUUGUUGUUGUAAUUGGAUAAGUCCUCACUGGGGGAAAACACACAAUUAUUGUCUAAAAGUGAUGACAAGUGCUCAUCAUUGUAUUUUUUCCAUUUUAUUAUAUUCUGGAAUGUCUACUUCCAAGAUAAUUCUUGCCUUUUUAUUUUGAAAAUGUGAAAUCAAUGAUGGGUUGUGUGUUACUGGUCAGGUAGCUUUUCUUUCAUGAAACUAAAGACAAUAAGUUAAAACAAUGGCAGUCACAUUGUGAAACACUCUUGCCAUGCCAGCAUUUCGUCACAUGUUGUAUCCCUGUGACUCAAAAUUCAAUAUUAGCACACCCUUUCCACUGUCAGUUGUUGCUAAACACUGCAAUAGAACCAAUUAUCUGUGAACCAACUGAGGAUACUGUUUCAGGUUCUUUGUUUAAAUGUACUCAUGCAUGCCCAUUGUAAUUAAAAGGUCUAUGCAAUUAUUUGCACAAAUAAAACUUGUAAUUAAUUAGCUGUCACUGUUGAUCAAAAGUUAUUGCUUCCAGCAGUUACAUGGUCUGCUUAGCCAAACUAAAACUGUUUUAACUGAUACAUAAUUGGGACAGAUCUCUUGUCCAUCUUAUGUGCAUUUCGUAUAUGGAAUGAAAAGAAACACUGAUUGGCCACAUAUAGAGUGAGGGCAGACAUUCAAAACCAGAGUUCGAAGAUUUGCUUUUUCUGAUCACACGAAUAAUCGCCACCAUUUAAAUGACUGUUGUUAACUGCACAUACCUGGAGAGAUGUUCAACUUGGCAAGUACUUCAAAUUUUCUGCUUAUCAGUUAUGUACUCCAGUUUCUGAUACCCAGGGCUUAUCAAAAGAGUGAAACUACUAUAAAUGAGAGAGAUGACCAAGAAUGUAAUGAGUUACGGGAUUGCACAGAUUUGCAGAGACUGAUAGGUGCCCUGCUUGUACUGCACUGUAUUUGAUGGGAAAAGUGAUGGUAUAUUGUGAUCACAGUAUGAAAGCUGAGAAGCUCAAUUUCUUUUUAAAUGAGGAAUUAUUUUUAGGCAACAAUCUGUUGUCUUUAAUGUUCCAACCUGCCACAUGUCAGCUGUGAAUCAUUGGCAUUGCAAUGAAUUGACUAAUUGUUUCCUUGUUGAAGGUUGGCAGUGGUGUCAUUUGAGCUAUCUGUGAAACUAAUAUUUAAUCAUGAAUUUGCAUUGUGAAAUUAUCUUCUAUAAGAAGCUGUUAGACUUGUGACUAUGUCCUUGUCAUGUAGUAGCAGUUAUUUGGAGUUUGAGAGUAAAUAAUGUAUUAAUUGUGGCACUAUGGAACAUUGUUGAGUAAUGUAGAAUGCCUAUUUUUUCUCGUUGUACUUUUUGGUGUACAUAAGGUUUUAUGAAAAAUAUGUUUUGUAAUGUGUAUAAAAUCUUUAUUCCUGUAAUUAUAGUAAAAAGUUUUUUAUAAUUGCUGUUACAAGUAGUCUAUGUUACUUUUGUUAAGAUCAAAAUGUUAAAGGAAUAGUAUGAAAACAGCAUAGAAAGAAAUUUCAAAAGCAGUGAACAAAAUGAAAAUGAUUUUAUCCAGUAAUUUAUGUGAACAAUAUUUAAAUUUUAACUGUUUAUUUUUCUACUAUUUGCAACAGUGGAAUCAUAUUUAUAAAUAUCAUUGUCUUGGGAUUUCAGCUUUCACAAGUCAGUUGCUUAUCUGUAAAGAAAAAAAAAUUACAUUGCAAAUUGUUCUAUGAAGUUGUUAGUGAUUUAAUUUCCAGUAGUUUAUUUCAGCGAUUUCAUUUACUGAAUAACCCAUCUGUGCUGGUAAUUGUUUUCCUCAAGAUUAAAGUUUUAUAUAUGUGGAUAAAAGUAUUUUCCAGAUAUUUCUUCCAAGAAGUUGCAAUAAACAUAAAAGUUGGUAUCCGUAUUGACCAUUAAAUGUAGAGUAGUUUUGAGAAGUGCUGCAAAAAGUGAGUGUUACAGAAUGUUGAAUCAUCAUUGCCCAGCCAAAUUGCUGAAGUUGUUCACCACUCAAAAGAACUGUCUGUGAAACUAAUAGCAUCUCCAAAGGAGUGUCAUUUGUCUCUGCCUGCUAAGUGUUGGACUUUCGUUUUUACCACUGCCUUCCAACAGAGAUGUUUCAAUUUUGAAAGUACAAAUGUAUAUUUGUUACUUGAUGUAAUUAGCAUAUACCACAGUCUGUGACUGUGAGAAAAAAAUGACAGUGUACUUAAUAGUUUUAUACAUGAGUUUUUAAAUGUACAUAUUUUAAAUGUUCCUUUACAUCAACUUUGAAGUGUCAGCAGUAAUCAGUUGUAACAAAAUUCAUCCACAGAAAAAUGAUUUAUUUAUAAUUUGUAAAAAAAAGAAAAAAAAGGUAAAAUAUUAAGACAUUCUUCCUACUUCAGGAAGGCACGAUAGCUUUGUGCCUUACAGAAGAGGUUGUAAAUAAUGAUCAGUGCAGAAAGUUAAAAGCUUCCUUUUUAAUUUAAUUUAUAUAAUGAGCAUUUCUGGGACUGUGACCACACUAAACAUUUUGUGUGUGGGUGGCAGUCAUAGAGAGCAGUUGGGCUUGAUCAAAGAUAAUGUAGCAGUGUGGCUAGAACAUGAAUUUCUGAGCUAGUAGUUGCCUAUAGGCAGAAUGGAGAGUGCAAGUGAGGGUCAGAAGCAAAGCCCAUAUCAACAAUGGUUAAUGAAAUAAAAUUGAUGUAAGGCUGUGAAGAUAGAAACCGAAUUUAACUGAGAAGUAAAUGAUGUGACUGUAAGGACAGGUGAACACGAAUAAAAAUAAAAUCAGGUGUAAUAAGAGUAUGACAUUUUCUAUGAAUAAAUUUUGUUUGAAAGCUUGA